AUGCAGGAGGAUAUGGAUUAUGAUGCCCUAACCAUGCGGGCCCCUCAGCGGUCUCGCUGGUAUACCCGCCUGUGGCCCGCAUGCCUGGGUUGUGGAUGCCUGGGUAGAAGACAGCAGCGAUUUCCUUUGUACCUAAUUGGGUACGAUCCCGUGGGCCGGUUCCAAAGGGCGGCCAGUGUGGGUGAUGUCAAAUUAGUCGAGAGAUUGAUCAAUGCCAGGGAACACCAUGUUAACGAGUGCGACAGAAGGGGCAGGAGUUCACUGCACUACGCCUCUGCCCAUAAUCAUCCUAAUGUAGUAACAUUGCUAUCAUCCAACGACUGUACCGAUAUUAAUAUGAAGGAUGAUGAAGGCUGCACGCCCCUAAUUAAGGCCGCCCAGCGGGAUAAUAUAGAAUGCAUCUCUAUUCUCCUCAUGCACGGGGCUGAUCCCCACAUUGUAGAUGCCAAUGGCGAUGCUGCCCUCCACCACGCCAUUUGCAGAGGGAACAUACCAGUUGUCAGCAAACUGCUGGAGUAUAAUGUAGAUAUUAAAGCCAAAACAGAGUAUGGUUUGACACCCUAUAAACUCGCUUUGUUUGAAAAUCAACUUAAAAUGGCGGAGUUUUUAAUUGACAACGGUGCAGAGGCACCUUCGGAGCUUACACCAAAUAGUGGAGGAGCAGCUGCAGUAGAAUCAGAACAAGCCAUGAAAACGUGUGCCAACUCCAACGAAGGUAGUCGAAGACUAAAAGACGAGGUCUCACUCAAGCUCUCUGAAAACCCUCAUGUUACAACAGAGGACACGACCACCACCUCUGCUAUUAAGGAGGAUAUUGACAACUCUUCCUCCAGGUACACGAUCAUAGAGAAAGAAAUGUUGUAUUCCAAGAAGAUCGCUGCAAUGAAGAAGCGGGACCAAGCAGGUCUUAGCAGAUCAAAAUCAAUGAUAGACCUAAGUACUCUGGGAGAGGCACUCCCUGAAGUCUCUAAAAAGAAAUCAUGCUUGAUGUCCUGCUCAUGGCACCAGCUAUGCAGCGAAUACUCCCGUCAUGGUUUUUCCAAUUUGGGCAGCAACCACAUCCUUGCUCCUCCUAACAUCGUCAAUGUGGUUGCUGCAGUUGGUGGCUUUGACGAUGCCGUGGGUAUGGAACCUAAUUUAGAAAUCCUGCACAGUUAA